AUGCCGAGGGCAUCGGAAAUAAAUGUCGAAUAUUUUUUCACCGAUCCCCGUGAAAAAAUUGGUAAGAAACCCCUGAAUAGCUUUAUCCUAUACCGCGUCGUAUUCACACGGGAGCUUUCGCGACUUAACCACAAGUUGAAUAUGGAAAACGCCUCGAAAAUGGCAGCCAUCCAGUGGCGCAACGAAAAUGCAGAGGUACGAGAAGAAUACGAGCGAGUCGCUGAAAUGAUAGAAAAGAGACUCAAAGAACUUCAGAAUGAGCUUCCAAAAGAUUUUCGCGGCGAAUUCAUUUACUAUAGCCCAUCGGAUCUUGCUUAUUAUCAUAAAGAAACUCAUCAAGAUGUUAUGGAUGAAGAACUUUUGGGAAUGCUUCAUCUAUACUAUUCGAAAACUCCUCUUGAGGAAUAUUUUGAAAAUCACCAGUAG